AUGAAGACGGAUACAAAAAAGUCAUUCACAGGAGAAGACGACAAAAUAACUUCGAAAGCGCUGAAACUGAACAUGAUAUUUUUCGAUAUUCCAGCAUUAAAGUCCCAGUUAAGUGUUGUUUAUGAAACAACUGAAAUUAGUGAUAAAAAGACGCCUAUCAAUGUGUUAAAUUUUCCUAUAACAACUGGUUUAAAUAAGUCCCUUUGUGAAGUCGUCAAGUUGUGUGAAUUAGUACUAACCAUCCCAGCCACAAAACAGGACAAAGUAACUAAAAAAACAAAAGAACGCAAAAGAAAAAUUACCAAAGUUGUUAAAGAUUCUAAAGGAGAACAAAAGAAAAACGGAAAGCCUAGUAAAGAAAAAACGACGUCAAAUACGUCCUCGACCAAUGAAGAUGAUGUAGAUGCUAAAUGCAUUUACUGUGGCUACCUAUGGUGUCAGUCAUUAGAGAGAUGGAUUAAAUUCAUUAAGAUCAAUCUUGCGCAAGUUGAUGCACUAGAGACAUUAGCUGAGGGGGGAAAUGGACUGACAAGAACAAGUGCAUAUCAAAUGCACGCAGUGGCAUGCAAAUCUUCGUUUAUUGUAUCAGCAUCAUUAAUUGCUAAGUAUUCCGCCAUUUUGGAACCCGUAGCAAAUAUACUUCAAAUGAAGACACUUGAUAUAGUUAAAGGCAACGAGCAUAUUCAAACUAUUGUUGAAAUGCUAAGAGAUCAUCGGAAGAAUGCAGAGAACUUUACAGCUGACAUUUUAAAAGAUGCAGGCGAUAUAUCAAAGCCUUUGAAUGUUGAUAUAACUGUCGCUCUUAUUGCUGGCCGUCAAAAGCAUAGAAACAACGCUCCAGCCAAAAACUCAGGCGACUUUUGGAAAACAUCUCCCACAAUUCCUUACUUAGAUUCAAUCAUUGGAUCUCUACAAGUAAGAUUUUCCACAGACAAAUCUCCUGCAUUUUCAUUAACCUAUUUUCAUCCGGGUAACAUGAAACAUAUUUCAUUGAAAGAAUGGAAAAAAAGCACGUCAUCUCCUGAAAGUUUCUACAAUUUGAAAGGCAUUGAAGGAGAGAAGGCAUUUUUCGUAGAAGCAACCGAUACGUGGACGCUGCAAGUCAAAUAUGUACAAGCCAGAGACGCAGGACAAUAUGAAUGUCAAGUCAGUACAGAACCAAAGAUGAGCCAUUUUAUUAACCUCAAUGUAGUUGUUAUCACUCAUCAGUUAUCAGUUAUCAGUUAUCAGUUAUCAGUUAUCAGUUAUCAGUUAUCAUCAGUUAUCAGUUAUCAGUUAUCAGUUAUCAGUUAUCAAUCAGUUAUCAGUUAUCAGUUAUCAGUUAUCAGUUAUCAGUUAUCAGUUAUCAGUUAUCAGUUAUCAGUUAUCAGUUAUCAGUUAUCAGUUAUCAGUUAUCAGUUAUCAGUUAUCAGUUAUCAGUUAUCAGUUAUCAGUUAUCAGUUAUCAGUUAUCAGUUAUCAGUUAUCAGUUAUCAGUUAUCAGUUAUCAGUUAUCAGUUAUCAGUUAUCAGUUAUCAGUUAUCAGUUAUCAGUUAUCAGUUAUCAGUUAUCAGUUAUCAGUUAUCAGUUAUCAGUUAUCAGUUAUCAGUUAUCAGUUAUCAGUUAUCAGUUAUCAGUUAUCAGUUAUCAGUUAUCAGUUAUCAGUUAUCAGUUAUCAGUUAUCAGUUAUCAGUUAUCAGUUAUCAGUUAUCAGUUAUCAGUUAUCAGUUAUCAGUUAUCAGUUAUCAGUUAUCAGUUAUCAGUUAUCAGUUAUCAGUUAUCAGUUAUCAGUUAUCAGUUAUCAGUUAUCAGUUAUCAGUUAUCAGUUAUCAGUUAUCAGUUAUCAGUUAUCAGUUAUCAGUUAUCAGUUAUCAGUUAUCAGUUAUCAGUUAUCAGUUAUCAGUUAUCAGUUAUCAGUUAUCAGUUAUCAGUUAUCAGUUAUCAGUUAUCAGUUAUCAGUUAUCAGUUAUCAGUUAUCAGUUAUCAGUUAUCAGUUAUCAGUUAUCAGUUAUCAGUUAUCAGUGUUAUCAGUUAUCAGUUAUCAGUUAUCAGUUAUCAGUUAUCAGUUAUCAGUUAUCAGUUAUCAGUUAUCAGUUAUCAGUUAUCAGUUAUCAGUUAUCAGUUAUCAGUUAUCAGUUAUCAGUUAUCAGUUAUCAGUUAUCAGUUAUCAGUUAUCAGUUAUCAGUUAUCAGUUAUCAGUUAUCAGUUAUCAGUUAUCAGUUAUCAGUUAUCAGUUAUCAGUUAUCAGUUAUCAGUUAUCAGUUAUCAGUUAUCAGUUAUCAGUUAUCAGUUAUCAGUUAUCAGUUAUCAGUUAUCAGUUAUCAGUUAUCAGUUAUCAGUUAUCAUCCCGAAGAUCGAGAUCGAAGGCGAGUCCGAUAUCUACGUGAAGCGUGGGAGCACGGUCCAGCUCAAGUGCGUCAUCACGCAGUCCCUAGAGGAACCCGCCUACAUAUUUUGGUACCACGACGGGGAACGAGUGCUCAAGUACGACCAAAGUGCCAUCGACAUACGCAUGUCGCGCAAAGGCACUGACACCACCAUUAGCACCAUGACCAUUUUUCGUACCAGACCAGAGGAUGCCGGGAACUACACGUGCAGUCCGUCCAAUUUGGACUCUGCCAGUGCGUAUUUGCACGUCAUAAAUGGUGGAAAAAUUCAUGAUAUUUUAUUGGUUAUUUUAUAA